CAGCUCCCAGACCUGGAGGACCUGCUCCGUCAGCUGGGGCCCCCUGCAGACGGCUGCUGCCCUCUCCCUCACCACUAGGACUUGCCACUGUGCGCGGAAUGGCAGCCGCGGCAGCAUCCGCGCCAGCGGCGGUGGCGGCGGCAGCCACGGCCACCACGGACGCUAUUGUUCCCUGGUGUUAAAAGAGCUUUCCCUCCUUUUCGUGGGAAACGAACAAUAGCAGGGCAGAGCUCUGCCUUCUGUACUCCUUGGGAAGACACUCGGAGGGCGCAGAAAAAUUCCCUGCCGUCCGUGUUCGGGAUCCGGACCCUGGAGCGGCCGCGAGCGGCAUGGAGCUGCGAACGAGGCGCUUUGCGUCCCGGGGCCCGGGAGCCGCGGGCCGGUGCCAGGGCGUCCGGCAGCUGCUCCCGCCGCCGCCGCUGCUGCUGCUGCUGUGCCUGGGCGCCUGCGGGGCUGCGGCGCCGGGCGAGGUGGACGCACCCACCCUCUAUCUGUGGAAGACUGGUCCAUGGGGCCGAUGCAUGGGAGACGAUUGUGGUCCAGGAGGCAUCCAGACCCGGGCGGUGUGGUGUGCGCAUGUGGAAGGAUGGACGACGUUGCAUACAAACUGCAAGCAGGCCGAGAGGCCCAGCAACCAGCAGCAUUGCUUCAAAGUUUGUGACUGGCACAAAGAGCUGUACGACUGGAGGCUGGGACCCUGGAAUCAGUGCCAGCCUGUGAUCUCCAAAAGCCUGGAGAAGGCCCUGGAGUGCGUGAAGGGGGAAGAAGGCAUUCAGGUGCGAGAGGUCACGUGCAUGCAGAAGGAGAAAGACACGCCCGCGGAGGAUAUCAUUUGUGAGUACUUCGAGCCCAAGCCGCUCCUGGAGCAGGCCUGCCUCAUCCCCUGCCAGCAGGACUGCAUCGUGUCUGAGUUUUCUGCCUGGUCCGAGUGCUCCAAGACGUGUGGCAGUGGGCUCCAGCACCGGACACGCCACGUGGUGGCGCCGCCCCAGUUUGGGGGCUCGGGCUGCCCCAACCUGACGGAGUUUCAGGUGUGCCAGUCCAGCCCGUGCGAGGCUGAUGAGAGCCCGCACAGCCUGCACGUGGGGCCCUGGAGCGCGUGCGGGAUGCCCCACCCCAGGCAGGUGAGGCAGGCAAGGCGGCGUGGGAAGAAUAAGGAACGGGAACGGGACCGAGGAAAAGCAGUGAAGGAUCCAGAGGCCCGGGAACUUAUUAAGAAAAAGAGAAACAGGAACAGACAGAAUCGUCAAGAGAACAAAUACUGGGACAUCCAGAUUGGAUAUCAGACCAGAGAGGUUACGUGUACGAACAAGACGGGGCAAGUUGCUGAUUUGAGAUUGUGCCAGCAGGAGAAGCUGCCAAUGACCUUCCAGUCCUGUGUGAUCACCAAAGAGUGCCAGGUGUCGGAGUGGUCAGAGUGGAGCCCCUGCUCAAAAACGUGCCACGAUAUGGUAUCCCCUAAAGGCACUCGCGUAAGGACACGGAUCAUCAGGCAGUUGCCUAUUGGCAGCGAGGAGGAGUGUCCAGAACUUGAGGAAACAGAACCCUGCGUGUCUCAAGGAGAGGCAGCUGCCCCCUGUGCCACGUAUGGCUGGAGAGCCACAGAGUGGGCCGAGUGCCGCGUGGACCCUUUGCUGAGUCAGCAGGACAAGAGGCGAGGCAACCAGACGGCCCUCUGUGGAGGGGGGGUCCAGACCCGAGAGGUGUACUGCGUGCAGACCAAUGAAAACCUCCUCUCACAUUUAAAGACCCACAAGGACAAAGAUGGAAGUAAAUAUCAGAGUACACCAAAGGCUAGUGCUGCACCUUUCCUAUCCAUCGCUUUGGAAAUAACAGCCUCCAAACCAGUGGAUUUGAAAUUAUGCACUGGCCCUGUUCCUAACACCACACAGCUGUGCCACAUCCCCUGUCCAAUUGAAUGUGAGGUUUCACCGUGGUCAGCUUGGGGACCUUGUACUUAUGAAAACUGUAAUGACCAGCAAGGCAAAAAAGGUUUCAAACUGAGGAAGCGGCGCAUUACCAAUGAGCCCCCUGGAGGCUCGGGGGGCACUGGGAGCUGCCCUCACUUACUGGAAGCCAUUCCCUGUGAGGAGCCAUCCUGCUACGAGUGGAAAGCAGUGAGGCUUGGAGACUGUGAACCAGACAAUGGAAAAGAGUGUGGUCCAGGCGCUCAAGUCCAGGAGGUUGUCUGCAUCAACAGUGAUGGAGAAGAAGUUGACAGACAGCUGUGCAGAGAUGCUAUCUUCCCCAUCCCUGUCGCCUGUUAUGCCCCGUGCCCAAGGGACUGUGUGCUCACCAUGUGGUCUGCCUGGUCCUCCUGCUCACACACCUGCUCAGGGAAAACCACAGAAGGGAAACAGAUACGAUCUCGGUCCAUUCUGGCUUAUGCGGGUGAAGAAGGUGGAACUCACUGUCCAAAUACAAGUGCUUUGCAAGAGGUGCGCAGCUGUAACGAGCAUCCCUGUACUGUGUAUCACUGGCAAACUGGUCCGUGGGGCCAGUGCAUUGAGGACACCUCAGUAUCAUCCUUCAACACAACUACAACUUGGAACAGGGAGGCCUCUUGCUCUGUUGGCAUGCAGACAAGAAAAGUCAUCUGUGUGCGGGUCAAUGUGGGCCAAGUGGGACCCAAAAAGUGUCCUGAAAGUCUUCGGCCUGAAACAGUGAGGCCCUGUCUGCUUCCUUGUAGGAAGGACUGUAUCGUGACCCCAUACAGUGACUGGACCACUUGCCCUUCCUCAUGUACAGAAGGGAGUUCCGGAGUCAAGAAGCAGUCUCGGCACCGGGUCAUCAUUCAGCUGCCAGCCAACGGAGGCAGGGACUGCACGGAUCCUCUCUAUGAAGAGAAGGCCUGCGAGGCCCCUCAAAUGUGCCAAAGCUACAGGUGGAAGACGCACAAAUGGCGCCGGUGCCAACUGGUCCCUUGGAGCGUGCAACAGGACAGCCCUGGAGCACAGGAAGGCUGUGGACCCGGACGACAGGCCAGAGCCAUUACUUGUCGAAAGCAAGACGGAGGGCAGGCUGGCAUCCACGAAUGCCUCCAGCACGCAGGCCCCGUGCCAGCCCUCACCCAGGCCUGCCAGGUCCCCUGCCAAGACGACUGUCAGUUUACCAGCUGGUCCAAGUUUUCCUCAUGCAAUGGAGACUGUGGGGCAGUCAGGACCAGAAAGCGCACUAUUGUUGGAAAAAGCAAAAAGAAGGAAAACUGUAAAAAUUCUCAGGUGUACCCCCUGAUCGAGACUCAGUAUUGUCCUUGUGACAAGUAUAACGCACAGCCCGUGGGGAACUGGUCCGACUGCAUUUUGCCAGAGGGGAAAGUGGAAGUGCUGCUGGGGAUGAAAGUCCAAGGAGACAUCAAGGAAUGUGGUCAAGGCUAUCGUUACCAAGCAAUGGCAUGCUACGACCAGAACGGCAGGCUCGUGGAGACGUCCAGAUGUAACAGCCAUGGGUACAUCGAAGAGGCCUGCAUCAUCCCCUGCCCCUCUGACUGCAAGCUCAGCGAGUGGUCCAACUGGUCCCGCUGCAGCAAGUCCUGUGGGAGCGGCGUGAAGGUUCGGUCUAAAUGGCUGCGUGAAAAGCCGUAUAAUGGAGGAAGGCCUUGCCCCAAACUGGACCACGUCAACCAGGCCCAGGUGUAUGAGGUCGUCCCCUGCCAGAGUGACUGCAACCAGUACCUAUGGGUCACAGAGCCGUGGAGCGUGUGCAAGGUGACCUUUGUGAACAUGCCAGACAACUGCGGAGGGGGCGUGCAAACCCGAAAAGUGAGAUGCAUGCAGAACACAGCGGAUGGCCCUUCUGAGCAUGUAGAGGAUUACCUCUGUGACCCAGAGGAGAUGCCCCUGGGUUCCAGAGAGUGCAAAUUACCGUGUCCUGAGGACUGUGUGAUAUCCGAGUGGGGUCCGUGGACUCGAUGCACUUUGCCUUGCAAUCAAAGCAAUUUCCGGCAAAGGUCAGCUGAUCCCAUCAGACAACCUGCUGAUGAGGGAAGAGUCUGCCCUGAUGCUGUUGAGAAGGAACCCUGUAACCUGAACAGAAACUGCUUCCACUAUGAUUAUAAUGUAACAGAUUGGAGUACGUGUCAGCUGAGUGAGAAGGCAGUUUGUGGAAAUGGCAUUAAAACAAGGAUGUUGGACUGUGUUCGAAGUGAUGGCAAGUCGGUUGACCCGAAAUAUUGUGAGGAGCUGGGCCUGGAGAAGACCUGGCAGAUGAACACAUCCUGCAUGGUGGAAUGCCCUGUCAACUGCCAGCUGUCCGAGUGGUCCCCGUGGUCCCAAUGUUCUCAAACAUGUGGCCUCACAGGGAAAAUGAUCCGAAGACGGACAGUUACACAGCCCUUUCAGGGUGACGGAAGACCGUGCCCUGCCCUGAUGGAGCAGUCCAAGCCUUGCCCAGUAAAGCCCUGUUAUCGGUGGCAAUAUGGCCCGUGGUCUCCAUGCCAAGUGCAGGAUGCCCAGUGUGGAGAAGGGACCAGAACAAGAAACAUUUCUUGUGUAGUGAGUGAUGGGUCAGUUGAUGAUCUCAGCAAAGCGGUGGAUGAAGAGUUCUGUGCUGAUGUUGAACCCAUUAUAGAGGGUAAUAAAAAAAUGGUCUUAGAGGAAACCUGCACUCAGCCUUGCCCAGGAAAUUCAGCUCCAUUAGAAUCUUAUGGGACCACCAUCGUAUAUGCGGUCCGUCGUUGACCGAACCAUCGUUAUGCAGCAUUUGACUAUAUUUGAAAUGUGAUGGAAAAUAAUCAUCAACCUAAAAUUCUGUCCCCAACUAAAUUAUCAUUCAAGAGUGAAAAAAUAAUAUUACAGAAGAAAACAUUGAAAGCGAUCAUUCUGAUGCAGUGUUGGACAGGAGGGGUGCAUGCAAUAAAAUGUGGAAAGCAAAUGUUGUGUAUCAAAUAGUAAAAAACUAACUGGCAGACAGUGAUAAGCUAAUAUUUAGGAAUUUGGGCUUGAUACAGAGAACUUUAGGGUAGAUAGAAGGUCAAAAUAAACUUUAAAUCAAGUAUGAGCCUAAGGCUUUGGGAAAGAUAUGGAGGCAACAGAUGAUUAGUGGACUAGAAGAGAACAAAAUUAACAAAAUUGAAAGUGCAUUACCUAUAUUUUACUCUCAAAUGGAAAUUUUUAUUCUCCCAAUUUGCUUAUAAUAAUGGUAAGAAAAAAAUAUAUCUGUUAAGAAAUGUGUUACUUUGAAUAAGAUCUCAAAAAAAUAAAAAUGAGGGUUUGGUAAACAAAUAAUGAUUGGGCAUAAAAUAUAUUUUCCAUAUAAAAAGGAUAUAAUUUAAGAAAGCUUUAAGGAAGGAUAAGUUACAAUUUUUAAAUUUUUAAAAUAGAAUUAAGUGUCUGAAAGCUGAAAACGGUGACAAGGGUUGCCCAUUCAUUCACUCAUCAAUUAACUUAUUCUCUAAUAAGUAAAUUAUUUGAGGUGAUAAUAAUGGCAAUUUUUAUAGCUUAUUAUUAAGAUGAACUGAAAAUUGAACAAAGCAGUAAAUAAAAUAACCCCUGAUACCUUAAACUAUGUGCUAGACUUUAAAGGCAUUUCUUACUGUGUAUAUGUAAUAAUAUUUGCACACACUGAUAUUUUCAUCUACUUACAGUUAAGAAAAUUUUUUUAAAAAAAUCUGAAUUUCCGGACCUAGGCAAAGUGUUGCUUCUUAGACAUUCCCACACCUGCCAAUAAUAACCUUUUCCUGAUCCAGCAAUUACCCUGUUCCAUUUCCUGCUCCCCAACCUGGCCUGAUUUCAGUCCAGGUCUCACACAUACUCUAAUAAAAUCAUUUUGCUUCACAGCAGACAGAGGUUGAGGCAACAGGUAAGGACUCUACACAGGACCAAAGACUGAACCUUGGGGCUUUGAUGUGUUGAACAGCCACAUUGUCAACAAAAGCUGACCGAAGCUAAAAGUUGGAAGAUUUACCUAGUCCAACACCACAUCUCCAGUGCCAAUAAUAGGAUCAUUGUUACACCCACAACAUUGGGCAGUACUGGAAUUCUUGCCAGGCAUUAGCAUAUGCUUUAUUGUGGAGCCUCCCCACUUAUUUUCAUUAUACUUCCUGCAGCACAAUCACCCACUUUAUUAUUCAUCAAAAGUCAUUGUAGACUAGGCACUGGGCUCAAGGUUGGAGAUACAUUGGGAAACAAACCUACCCUGUCCUCAUAGAGUUUACCAUCUUAUGGGAGAAACAGUUGCUAAUUCAAUAAUGACAUAAAUAAACAUAAGAUUAAAGUAUGUGGUAAAUGAUGGGAAGGAAAACUGAAGUAUCCCUUAAUAACAUAGGAUAGGGCAAACACAUCAUUCUAAUUAAAGUAAUUACAAAUCCGGGAGAAGGCUGUUGUUCUCUUAUAAAUACAAUUUAUUCAUUUCAGUUCCUCCAGUGAUAGUUUCCUUCAAUGAUGGGUUUUGAAAGCGAGCAAUAUCUGAAUUAAUGUGCUUUAAAGAGAGAAAUACUGAAGUAGGAAAUGCAUUUAAUACACUUAAUUGUCAUAUCUUUGGCAGGCAUAGUGUAGUUUAUUAUUUCGAUGGUUUAUAUAGUCAAAAUAUAAAAAUAUGUUCAGUACAAGACAAUGCCUCACUCUCAUUUGCUGCUAUUAAAUCUUUGAGGCCUGACAUGGAUUAUUUAGGGGGUUGUUAUGGUAUCAUUCACAGACUAUCAUUAAACAAUUUUUUGAGUUUUUUUAACAAAGCACAUGUGUUGAGUGAUAUAAGCACAUAGAUAAAGCCUACUAGUGGAAAGAUAUGUUUAUAUCCAUAUAGUUUCCAAUCACUGAGGUGAAGUUAUAUACAUUCAUAGUGACAGGAAUUUUUCAAUUUUAAAAUUUAUCCUGCAUAAUUAAAAAUUGAGUUACCCAAAAGUAGCAUUUCCUAGGGGAUAUAAAUAUUUCUAAAAUGUUAUCACACUACUUAAAAAUUCUUACUAAGUUCUUUUUCCAUAGCACUUCCAAAAUUUAUAAGAAUUUUCUACCCUUCAGGAUGACACUAGAGAAUUAAUGACAUACUAUAAUAAAGUCUACAAAAGAUCACCCCACUUCACUAUUAUAUGUAUGUAUUUGUUAGUCAAUAAUUCAUGUUUUUCUAGGCUUCCUUAAUCAUGGCACAAGAAGUUUUUUCAUUAAUCAAGUAUCCAGGCAACUUUUUGCUAAUAGUAGGCAACUUUAGCAUAAUG